AUGAUGCCGGACGAUUUGAAAUCACGAGGUCUCAGUUUGAUCGUUGUAGAAGUCAGUUUGCUCAUAACCUUAAAUAUUUUGUCACUUAUUGGAACCACCUUGGUUUGUAUUUCGAUUUGCAAGAAUAAUCGACUUCGAACGACAACAAACUUGUUCAUUAUGGUUUUGGCCGUGAGCAAUUUGCUCUCUGCUGUGUUUGUGAUGCCCAUAAGCGCGAGCGUAUUGAUAGCAGGGAAACUGGAUCUUUGGCAGAACGCUUGCCAACUUUACGCCCUCUUCAGCCUCUUUGUUAUCUACGUUUCUCCUGUAACCGUGGGCUUAAAAGCUGUAAAUCGUUAUGUGAGGAUAUGCAAGUCAGAUCAGCAGUACAGGAGACUGUUUUCAGCGAGAAAGUCGCGCGCUAUGAUUGCCUCCGUGUGGAGUUUCAUUGCAUGUUACACGGUGGUUCCUCGAUUGUUCGGUCUUCAAGCGUACGAAUUGGUCUCUGGUUACGCUCAGCGCUCUAUCGUACACCUCAGCGAAACCGGCAAAUUUAUUCAUUACGGCAUCGUUAUUACGUUGCUCUUUUUGACGCCGUUAGUAGCAACUACACAAAAAGUCACGAAGAUGAUCCGACAGCACAAUGUGUUUGCAAUUACAACGAUUCAAAGACGAGAAAGCGCUCGGGAAAGAAGUCGUAAAUGGCGAAAAAGCAAGGGUAUCACCAAUCAUGAAAUCAAUGUAGUAUUGUCUUGUUUAUCGGCUCAACACGCCACCUUAUGA